AUGCAGUCGACGAGCCAACCUCCGAGGAAUGGACUCCAGGUAGUAGAUGGAUAUUAUGAGGCCGGGUUUGGGGAAGUGUGUGAGAGUGAAGGAGCUGGAGCUAAUGGAGCCGGUGUGGAUGUAGGAAUGGCAGCGGAAACGUUGCCUAUCCGCUUGGAGUUUGUGGGAUUGAUGAGUGGACUUUGA